CGAAAUAUCUUAUCUUCUCGCGCGCCAAGCCGCAAACUCACAGGGACAGAACCCCCUACCCCUACUCCCAAAACCCUACCGCCCCAGCCACUCACCGGAGAUGGCCGGCGGUGAUAUUCUCCUCCGUACCCACGGCGGUAUCCCCGUCCUCGUCAGGGCCUCCCCUUGCAGCCUCCGCCUCCGCCUCCGUUUUACAGCCGGCGGACGUCGCGCCCCUUCUUCCCUGGCCGCCGCCAAGGUCGACAUCGGCGACGUCGUCAGCCAGCUCAGGUCAGGAAGCGCCCGCGGCGCGUCCGUCACGAGGAGGCAGCGGAGGGACCCGGAGGGCGGACUUGCGUUUCCCAGGGUUGUCACGAGCAGGAUAAGGGGUGCCGACGAGGAGGAAGGGGAAGGGAAGGCUUUGCAAUUGGAUGCGGAGAAGGUCGGUGGCGAGGCGGGAGGCGUGGACGGCUCCUACCUCAGCGAGACACGGUUUGAUCAGUGUGCUAUUUCUGAAUUGUCACUGAAAGGCGUCAAAGAUGCUGGAUAUGGAAGGAUGACCCAGGUUCAGGAGGCAACUCUACCAGUAAUCCUUCAAGGCAAAGAUGUUCUUGCGAAAGCGAAGACAGGAACAGGAAAAACCGUUGCCUUUUUGCUGCCAGCCAUUGAGGUUCUCUCUAAAUUACCCAGUUCUCAACGGAGCCACUUGCGGUCGUCUGUAAAUUUGCUUGUGAUGUGCCCUACUAGAGAGCUUGCAAACCAAGUCGCUGUUGAGGCCAAAAAGCUUCUCAAGUAUCAUCGCUUGCUAGGUGUUCAGGUUGUAAUUGGUGGCACAAGAAUAACUCUAGAGCAACGAAACAUGCAGGCUAACCCGUGUCAGAUUCUUGUUGCUACACCUGGAAGGCUUAAGGAUCAUCUUGAGAACACACCUGGUUUUUCUACUCGGCUAAAAGGGGUGAAGGUUCUUGUUCUUGAUGAAGCUGACCGCUUACUGGAUAUGGGAUUCAGAAGAGAUAUUGAAAAAAUUAUGGCUGCCACUCCUAAAGACCGUCAGACGCUGCUGUUUUCUGCUACUGUUCCAGAAGAGGUCCGUCAAAUCUCUCAUGUAGCAAUGAGGAAGGACUAUAGGUUCAUUAACACUGUUAAAGAGGGUGACGAGGAGACACAUUCACAGGUUAGCCAGAUGUAUAUGAUUGCACCACUUGAUCUGCACUUCUCUAUAUUAUAUGAUGUACUGAAGAAGCAUGUCACUGAGGAUGCGGACUACAAAGUGAUUAUAUUCUGUACUACAGCAAUGGUCACAAAACUUGUUGCUGAAGUUCUCUCUCAGCUGAAUCUGAAUAUAAGAGAGAUUCAUUCCAGAAAGUCACAAUCUGCAAGAACUAAGGUGUCGGAUGAAUUCAGAAGGUCAAAGGGUGUGAUAUUAGUUAGUUCCGAUGUAUCUGCUCGUGGUGUUGAUUAUCCUGACGUCACCCUCGUCAUACAGGUUGGGAUUCCUUCUGGUAGAGAGCAGUAUAUACAUAGAAUUGGUAGGACAGGACGGAAAGGCAAGGAAGGGCAGGGCCUCUUACUGUUGGCUCCCUGGGAAAGUCAUUUUCUUACCAGCGUGAAAGAUCUGUCAGUAUCAGAGGCUGUGACACCUUCAGUUGAUUCAAGCACUCAAACAGAAGUGAAAGGGGCACUCAGAAGAGUAGAGAUGAAGAGCAAGGAAUCAGCAUAUCAAGCAUGGUUAGGGUACUACAACUCAAACAAGACCAUUGGUGGGAACAAGUCCAGACUUGUUAGUCUCGGCGAAGAGUUCAGCCGGAGCAUGGGGCUUGCAGCCCCACCAGCCAUACCCAAGCUCAUUCUUCGGAAGAUGGGUCUUAGCAAAGUUCCUGGCUUUCGAUCUACAUAACCUGAUCCGCAAGGGCAAGCAGGACUCGUGUGCUAGAGCGCACGACGGGGCUAACCACAAUGCUCUCGGUCUCGUAAACUUUGGCUCGCCCCUACUGCACCUUAGUGCUGCUGAUACUGGGGAUUUGCAGAUUGCUUUGCGGAGGAUGGUCAGAGUUUGGGCAAUCAAAUCUUCUCUCCGAGUUCAGAAGUCUUCAGCUCAAGCAUGGCCACCGUAUUCUUUUUGACGCCAAAUCUUGACCGGUUCAUUACCAACAAGAGACGGUUCAGACAGACCCCAUUGAUUGAUCAUGUAAAGCAACGGACCAAACGAUUCAGGGCCAGUUCUUUUCACCUCAUAAUUCUUCAGAAUCAUAAUUUUGGGAAAA